AUGGGUGUCGUGAGAAUCCUGGCUUGCUUCCUAAUAUCGUAUCACCUCAGCAAUGGCCAGCAAAUAGGAGGAAAAGAAAUGGGGAAACUACAACCCGAUGCAUCGAAGGCAUCAUACAUACCAAAAUCUGUCUUCCGGCUCUAUUCGGAGGGAGCCUCCGUGGAGGACUCUUGCACUGUCCUGCCUUAUAAACCGCAAACCCUGGACUCCUGCAGAUUCAACACCUCCAACCCACUGAUCAUCAUCAUCCAUGGAUGGUCGAUCGACGGGACAAUGGAGAACUGGGUGCCCGACCUGGCAGCUGCGCUGACGUCCACCCUGAGAGACGUCAACGUGGCCAUUGUCGAUUGGCUCUCCCUGGCUCACCAUCUGUACCCCACUGCUGUGCAGAACACCCGGGUGGUGGGCCAGGAGGUGGCCCAGAUGCUGGAGUGGCUGGAGGAGUUUUCCCAGUUCCCCAUGGACAAGGUUCACCUCAUCGGCUAUUGCCUGGGUGCUCACGUUUCAGGAUUAGCCGGUAGCUACAUCACUGGACCCAGGAAAAUAGGACGGAUUACAGGAUUGGACCCCACAGGCCCAUUGUUUGAGGGGAUGUCCCAUACUGAUAGGCUGUCCCCUGAUGAUGCCAAAUUUGUGGACGUCAUCCACACCUUCACCCAGCAGCACAUGGGGCUCAGCAUGGGUAUCCAGCAGCCAGUGGGGCAUUUUGACUUCUACCCCAAUGGAGGGACCUUCCAACCAGGAUGCCAGCUAAGCAACCUGUUCUAUCACUUAUCACAGUAUGGACUGAAUGGCUUCCAGCAGUCUGUCAAAUGCUCCCACGAGCGAUCCGUCCACCUGUUCAUCGACUCCCUGCUGAACAGAGACAAGCGGAGUACGGCCUACUGGUGCAAGGACGAGAGCUCCUUCGAGAGGGGCGCCUGCCUGGACUGCCGCAAGAACCGCUGCAACACGCUGGGCUAUGACGUGAAGAGGGUGCGCACGGGGGCCAGCAAGAGGCUGUUCCUCAAAACGCGUCACGCCCAGCCCUACAAAGUUUAUCACUAUCAGCUGAAAAUGCAGUUCAUCAACCAGGCGGAGCACAAUGAACCGUCACUCACCGUCUCUCUCACCGGGACCCGAGGGGAGACCGAGAAACUACCCAUCACUUUCACUGAGGGGCUCUCAGGUAACAGGACCCACUCCUUCCUGCUGAGCCUGGACACAGACAUCGGGGAGCUGAUGGUGCUCAGGCUGUACUGGCAGGGCAAGGCAGCGCUGGCCAACGUUUGGAACAAGAUGCAGACCAUCAUGCCCUGGGGCAGCGAGAGGAAGAGGCAGGAACUCACCUUGGGCAGGAUACGCAUCAAGACAGGGGACACACAGAAGAAGACGACGUUUUGCGCCAAGACGAAUGAUGAUACGCACAUUAAGCCGACACAGGAGAAAGUGUUUGUACGGUGCGAGGAAGGUCGGCAGGGACCACAUCGGAGGCGACUACACAGCUAA